UGGAGAGUAGGAGAAGCGAGAAGUAGGGAGAUACUGAACCUGCCAUUGCAGUUAGGCUGCAUUGGAACCGAAGAGAACGAGUUCCAGUAAUUAGUUUCUGAGGAUAAACAUCUUGCUCAGAACCAGCUUCAAAGAAAAUAAUUCGCCGAAACAUAUUGUAAGGACAAAGUAUUUAAUUUUGGACUUUAGGGGGAAAAAAACUGACAUGCUAUUUUUCGUCCUGUAAAAAAAAAAAAUUAAAAUUCACUGCCCGGCAGCAGGGCGAAAAAGGGAAGGAGGGAUUUCUCGGUUUUAUUUGAGGUAUUCACCACUCUAAACUUACUGCUGUGAGUGGACAUGAACAAAAUGUCUGCCAGAACUGCUUCUAGUAAGAGUGGAGCUAUGGAGGAAACUGUAAUAUGGGAACAGCAUACAGUGGCCCUUCACAGGGCUGCUGGGUUUGGAUUUGGCAUUGCAAUUUCAGGAGGCAAAGAUAACCCCCAUUUUCAGAGCGGUGAAACCUCCAUAGUAAUAUCAGAUGUGUUGAAAGGAGGCCCAGCUGAGGGUCUGUUACAGGAAAAUGAUCGUGUUGUUAUGGUCAAUGCUGUUUCUAUGGAUAACGUAGAACAUGCGUAUGCUGUUCAGCAGUUGCGGAAAAGUGGAAAGAAUGCACAGAUUACAAUCAGACGGAAAAAGAAGGUUCAAAUUCCGGUGGCCAGGACGGAGCGGGAGACGGUGUCAGAGCAUGAAGAGGACAGCUAUGAGGAUGAGCCGUACGAUGAGACAAGCGCGAGAAGCGGCCCAAGUGCCUACAGCAGCAGCAGGAGGAGUGAGCGCAGCAUGGCAGGGAGAAGGGACCGCAGCGCGAGCAGAGAGCGCAGCUUAUCACCACGAUCAGACAGGAGAUCUGUGGCUUCAAAUCUACCACCGAAACCUGCAAAAGUCACUUUGGUGAAAUCCAGAAAAAGUGAAGAGUAUGGGUUACGCUUGGCAAGUCACAUUUUUGUGAAAGACAUCUCCCCAGAGAGCCUGGCAGCAAAAGAUGGCAAUAUCCAAGAAGGAGAUGUUGUAUUGAAAAUAAAUGGCACAGUGACGGAAAACCUCUCCUUGACAGAUGCUAAGAAACUAAUAGAACGGUCAAAGGGUAAGCUAAAGAUGGUGGUUCAAAGAGAUGAGCGAGCGACUCUACUCAAUAUCCCGGACCUGGAUGACAGCAUUCCUUCUGCUAAUGCUUCAGAUAGAGAUGACAUUUCAGAAAUUCAUUCACUGGCAUCAGACCAUUCCAACCGAUCCCAUGACCGAUCGCGCCGCAGUCGCUCCCGAUCUCCUGACAGGAGGUCAGAACCCUCAGACCAUUCCAGACAUUCUCCACAGCAAAUCAGCAAUGGCAGGAGCCGGAACGAAGAGAGAAUAGCCAAACCCGGGGCGAUAUCAACUCCCGUUAGAAUUACAGAAGAACCAGUAACAGCUAAGGUUGCGGAGCAGCCUGUGGCUAAAACCUUUGAGGAGAGAUCAGAAAAACAGAUCCCACCUCUGCCAGAGCCUAAGCCUGUGUAUGCCCAGCCUGGUCAGCCAGAUGUGGACCUUCCAGUAAGCCCUUCUGACGCUUCCAUUCCCAGUGCAGCUCAUGAUGAGGGCAUGCUCAGGUCAAGCAUGAAGCUGGUGAAGUUUAAGAAGGGUGAGAGUGUGGGUUUGCGCCUCGCUGGUGGGAAUGAUGUUGGGAUAUUCGUAGCAGGGGUUUUGGAGGACAGCCCUGCUGCGAAAGAAGGCCUAGAAGAGGGAGAUCAGAUUCUCAGGGUAAAUAAUGUUGACUUUGCAAAUAUAAUUCGUGAAGAGGCAGUUCUGUUCCUGCUUGAUCUUCCCAGAGGUGAAGAGGUCACCAUUUUGGCUCAGAAAAAAAAAGAUGUGUAUCGCCGGAUAGUGGAGUCAGAUGUUGGGGAUUCCUUCUACAUCAGAACCCACUUUGAGUAUGAAAAGGAAUCCCCUUACGGACUGAGUUUCAACAAGGGAGAAGUGUUCCGUGUUGUGGACACUCUGUAUAAUGGGAAGCUAGGCUCAUGGCUGGCAAUUCGCAUUGGCAAAAAUCAUAAAGAGGUAGAAAGAGGCAUCAUUCCUAACAAAAACAGAGCCGAACAGUUAUCCAGUGUCCAGUACACUCUUCCCAAAACCGCGGGAGGUGACCGUGCAGAUUUCUGGCGAUUCCGUGGCCUUCGCAGCUCCAAGAGGAACCUUAGGAAAAGCAGAGAGGAUCUCACAGCCCAGCCUGUUCAAUCCAAGUACCCAGCUUAUGAAAGAGUUGUGCUCAGAGAAGCUGGUUUUCUCCGACCUGUGGUUGUCUUUGGCCCCAUUGCUGAUGUGGCUCGUGAAAAGCUGGGAAGAGAAGAGCCUGAUUUGUUUGAGUUGGCAAGGAGUGAGCCAAGAGAUGCAGGGACUGACCAGCGCAACUCUGGGAUUAUUCGCCUUCAUACAAUCAAACAGAUCAUUGACAGAGAUAAACACGCUGUUUUGGACAUUACCCCGAAUGCAGUGGACCGGUUGAAUUAUGCGCAGUGGUAUCCAAUCGUAGUGUUUUUGAACCCAGAUAGCAAGCAGGGUGUGAAAAACAUGAGGACAAGGCUGUGCCCAGAGUCAAGGAAAAGUGCCAGGAAGCUGUAUGAGCGAGCCCUUAAGCUAAGAAAAAACAACCAUCAUCUGUUUACGUCCAUCAUCAAUAUGAAUUCUAUGAAUGAUGGAUGGUAUGGAGCACUGAAGGAGACAGCUCAGCAGCAGCAGAACCAACUAGUUUGGGUCUCUGAAGGCAGGGCGGACGGAGCACCAGAAGAUGAUCUUGAUCUACAUGAUGACCGGCUGUCCUACCUUUCUGCUCCAGGGAGUGAAUACUCCAUGUACAGCACUGACAGUAGACACACAUCCGACUAUGAAGACACAGACACUGAAGGGGGUGCCUACACUGACCAGGAACUCGAUGAAACUCUUAAUGAUGAAGUUGGUCCACUUCCAGAAUCUGCCAUUACAAGGUCCUCUGAGCCUGUCCGUGAAGAUCCACCAGUAAUCCAAGAUGCCCAGGCUUACCCACCCUACCAGCCCCCGGUUCAGCCCGAUUCCCUCCCCAGAACAGACUCAACUGGGUUCAAAAUACCAACACUUCAGCAGAAAGCUGAGGCUGUUCCUGAAAUCCCUAACCUUCCCCAUCAACCUGAGCCUAUUGCUGUUGUGUCAGCGCCCUCUGCUGUUGACAACACUGUAUAUGUAGCUGGUAUGACUCACGAGGAGCGUGCUCCAGCCCCUCAAAGCACCUACAGUCCCCAGGCUGGCUUUCUUAGGAAGCCCACCCAUGAACUAGCCCGGUCAAUGCUAAAUGAUCCUGAACAAUCCAGAUCACCUCUUGCAGAGCCACCAAAGCCGAUGUACAAGAAAGAUCCUUAUGGUGUGGAUGAGCGUCCAAGACAGAACCAUGGUAUAAAACAGCCAGUUGUGGCUCACCCAGUGAAUAGAUAUGAACAAGAGCCACCUCCAAGCUAUGCACCACAGCCUCAGUACCAGGAUGAACAGCCAUAUAGAGAUUAUGACCAGCCACCAUAUAGAUAUGAGUCUGCUGGUAACUUUAUGGAACAGAAAUCUCGCAGCUAUGACUCGCACCUGCAAUACGAGAACCGUGUGCCCCCCUACGAUGACCAGUGGUCACACUAUGAUGAAAACCACUCCCAGACCUACUCGGCCCGACCUCCUUUUGAGAACCAGCAUCCCCAGGAUUAUGAUCCAAGGCUACACUAUGAAGAAAGCGCAGAGCUUGAAUACACACUGCCACAGACCCGCUACGAAGAGCCGCCCCCUCUGGGAUACGACAACAGACCCCGCUAUGAACAGCCAGCGAAGAGCUACGGCAAACCAGUACAGCCCCGUUAUGAAGAACAGCCCCGUUAUGAAGAACAGCCCCGCUAUGAAGAACAGCCCCCUGUCGGGUAUGAAGCACAGCCUCGUUAUGAACCCGAACCACAUGCCUUUCCCCCCCCUGUUUCCAGGUCCCCUGAACCCAAUCCAUACUAUGACCCUCCAGUAAGGACCUAUACACAAGGCCCUCAAAGGGGGUACAAACCAGGACAGUACGAGCCCCCGCUUAAUGCAGAUGCUGCUCUGCCACCACCUCCACAGCCGCAAGCUAAAUCAGAACCACCAAUUGCCUUCACCAAACCACUGCCCCCAACCACAGUGACGGAGCCGGAAGAGGAUCCUGCAAUGAAGCGACAGUCAGUGCUCACCAGAGUGAAGAUGUUUGAGAACAAGAGAUCAGUGUCGGUGGACAGGGCCAAGGAGUCUAGUGACCCUGCUGUUGUCCGGUCUGCAGAAGUAGCCCCCAAGCCCGUUACCGGACCAACUGCUGUUCCCAAGGCCAACUCUCUGAGUCGUCUAGACCAGGAAAAGCCUACAUACAGGGCUCCUGAACCUCAAAAACCUCAAACCAAACCCCCUGAGGAUAUAGUCCGCUCAAACCACUAUGAUCCCGAAGAGGAUGAGGAAUAUUAUCGGAAGCAGCUCUCGUACUUUGAUCGCAGAAGCUUUGAUAGCAAACCAGCCCCUCAGCCAGCUCCGCCUGCGAAUCGCUUCCCUGAUCCUGCCAAACCAGUCCAGCCUCAGACAAACUCCUCCAACUAUUCUUCCAGGGGUAAACCAGCAGAACUGGAGCCUGUGGAUAAAAUCAGUGUUGUAGAAAAGAGAUAUGAGUCUGUGCCUCAGGUUACUCCUCCUCCAUCCCAGUAUGGACUGCCUUCACAGCCUCUGUCAAACCCAUCUGUACCUCCACCUGUACUCCCCAAACCCCCGCUGUCUGAAGUCAGCUCACUGCCAUUGGACGUACACAGUUCCCCCAAGUCCAAAUCUGAACCACCCACUCCGCAGACUAAACCGACCACAGUAAAGCCUAACAACCGAGAGGACACUGUGCAGUCCAGCUACCUUCAACAGAAAAGCUUCCCUGAAAAAGCCCCAGUUAACGGAACUGACCAGCCUCCGAAACCAGUCACCUCCAGCUACAAUCGAUUCACCCCAAAACCGUACACCAGCUCAGCGAGGCCGUUUGAGAGAAAAUUCGAGAGCCUGAAAUUCAAUCACAAUCUUUUGCCCAAUGAUACGCAGCACAAACCUGAACUCCAGACCAAGCCACAGAGCACCCCACCUCAGCCUCCGGUGAAACCACAGUGUUUCCCACAGCCUGCUGAGUUCGACAGUGGAAUGGAUACCUUUUCCAGAACUGCAGAAAACCGGCCCAAAUAUCAACAGAACAAUGUCAAAGCCAUGCCCAAGGCUAUCCCUGUAAGUCCUGGUGCGCUGGACGAUGAUGAAGAUGAAGGUCACACUGUAGUGGCAACGGCACGAGGAAUCUUUAACAGCAAUGGUGGAGUCCUGAGUUCCAUUGAAACCGGUGUCAGUAUCAUCAUCCCACAAGGAGCCAUUCCUGAGGGAGUGGAACAGGAGAUCUACUUUAAAGUAUGCAGGGAUAACAGCAUCCUACCCCCCUUGGACAAAGAGAAAGGAGAGACGCUGCUCAGCCCGCUGGUGAUGUGUGGACCUCAUGGACUGAAGUUCCUGAAGCCUGUGGAGCUGCGCUUACCUCACUGUGCGUCUAUGACCCCUGAUGGUUGGUCUUUUGCUCUAAAAUCCUCCGACGACUCGUCGGGUGAUCCUAAGAGCUGGCAGAACAAAUCCCUUUCUGGGGAUCCUAACUAUCUUGUCGGAGCAAACUGUGUCUCCGUUCUCAUCGAUCACUUUUGAAGCGGGAAGCAGCUGGUCUGUUGAUGAAUGUGAAAACUGGGAUUAUGUCCUUUUUCAGGGACUGGACCACUUUUAAGUAUUAAUCAUGCUCUCAAAGAUUUGGUUACUGAAUUUACACAAAAAAAAAAAAAAAACAACAAUGUUCAGGUUCUUUUUUAAGUGCUGUUCAUUUUGGUGCUUAAAAGCUCACAAAGAACUAGUCUCUUGAACCCUUGUUCAAAGCAUGCCCAGUGCCACAUAUUUUGAAUCCUGUUUUAAGCCAGGUUUCCCAGUCUUACUUCUUUUUGUGAGGAUUUGCAUGGGUUAGAAAGGUAUUAAAUGAGAGAUGAUGACUAUUUAAAACUGCAGUGAUAGCGGUUUUAAUGGUUAUACUUAUCAGAUUGUGGUGUGCUCUGCCAUUUAAAGGUGUUGGCAAACGUAUUAAAAACACUUAAAGAUGAAAUUGACAUGUGAAGGGUUUUUCAGCUACAGCUAGGAUUUGUAAUGCUGUAUUUUUUUGCUUAGCAUUAAUCAGUUUACCUGAUUUUACUGUAGGUAAGUGCACUGCAUUUUGGUUAGCAUUGGCUCUCCAAUUUUAAAGGGACUAUGCGUGUGCUAUGACUGGUUCUGGUGCCUGCUCAACCUUGUACAUUCAUCACCGUUAUUCUAUUAACAAGCAGGGAUGCCUUACCCUUUAUUUUUCACUUUCAUUUUGAAGGUUUUUAUGACUUAGAAACCUUUUUACAUUUUUGUUUUUGAAUUUAUAUUGAUAAAUUAUGAAAUUGUGUACUUUUUUUCCAUUGUAUAAAACACACUUGGCUGAGUACACAAGAGAAGUAAUAGUUGAGAAAGAUAUGUUUUUUUUUUUUUUUUUUUUUUUUUUUUUUUUGCUGCUAUGCUUUUGGAACUUCCAGAUGCAGAAAGUGUGGCUGUACAUACUGCUAGCAUAUCGCCUUGGUGCUUGGUUUGUAAAUUAACUUUUUUGUAUGUCUCUCUCUUUUUGUUAUUUUGUAUAAAACAAAAGUGAAAAAAAGUUUCUAAAAAAGGCUAUCUUUGUAUUCUGGUAUACCCUUGAGGCACCCUUGUAACCUUAAUCAAACCAACUUUUCUACCAGUAUAUACACUACAUUUUUAACAGUCACAGGAACUUUUUAUGUUUAUCUACAAAAAAAAGAGCUUGGUUUAAAUGAAUUUAAAACUCUGUAUUCAAAGGGUAUGCUUUGAAAAGUGUUCCCUUCAUUUAUUUGUGAUACUGGAUGCUGUACUGUGUGCCCUAAAAUGUAUUUUUGUACUAAUAGACAAUUUAUUAUGGCACAGCAGUACUAUUUUCUUUAGAUGUUAUAACACUGCUUUUAUCAGAUAUUAGCUAUUCUUCACGUGUGGCUGAUUUUUUCUUUACAAAACAUUUCUAAGUAUACCACUGAAUGAAUUAAUAAAACAUUUUUAAA